AUGGCAAACACGCACACACAUUCACACAGCAGCAGCAACAGCAACAGCAACAACAGCAACAACAACAACAACAACAACAACAACAACAACAACGACAACCGCAACAGCAGCAAGAGCAACAUCAGCAACAGCGACAACGACAGCGAUGACGCCAGCGAAGUCAAUAGCAACGACAGCAACGACGGCAGCGACAGCAAGGGCAAUAUCAAGGGCAACAGCAACGGUAACGGCAACGGCGACAGAGACAGCGACAGCCACAACCAUAGAGACAGUCACAGCGACAGCAAUAACCACAUCCACAGCCAGCGAAUUCUCCACGACGACGAUGAUGACGAUGACGACGAUGACGACGAGCCGUCGUGCCUGGACAAAUACAAGAAGCGGUACGCUCAGUGCGAGAAGAACGAGAAGAAAUGCGAGGACAAGGCUGAGGACGAAGACGACGAAAAGGUGUGCGAAAAGAAGUCCAAGACGUGCGAGGUGAAGGCGUACAGGAGUUACAAGACGUGCAAGUACGGCAAGUGGAGCUGCAAGGACUGGUGCAAGUACCACAAGCGCCAGUGCUAUUCCAAGAAGAAGAGCAAGUGCGAGGAGAAGUAUGAAGACUGCAAGGAGGACUGCUAG